UGGCGUUUAGGUCCUGUCGCAAGAUGUAUGAUAGGGUAGGGAAGUAAGAUACGUUUUACUGAGGAGGGUGUAGGAAUGAAGCAGAAGUGAAGUGAUUAUACGUUACUCCUCUAUCGUGGUAACAAUAUAGAUAGACAAGAGAAGAAGUACAGUAGACAAUAACCGUAUAGACGAGUGUGGUAUGAUUUUUAUAGGUAAAAAGUCUUUACACUAAAUUCGAGCGCCCUCUAUACUAUGUCAGCAGCCAUUUAAGACUGAAUGAAAAUAUAACGCUAAGGGAGCGACUGUUUUGUGCAUGACAUAUUUCAUUGCAAUGUGGAUUUUUACAACGUUACGUGACCAAGUAGUAAUACAUUUUUUAAAAUAACUAAUCUAUAAAAUAUUGGAUUACAGAAAUCUGCCAUAAAGAAUCAGCUCUGCAUUGAUAGGCGGAUUAAAAAUGGCCUUUAAGAGGUCGAAACCGGAAAUAUUAAGAUUUCAUGUUUGGUGCUAAAAGUCAAAUUACAAUGAAGAAACAGUUAUUGUUAAUGCUCGUUCUACGUUUAUGUUUUAUAGUUUGGACGCAUUCGAAUGUUAAACAUGGAGAUUUAACAUUCCAUUUUAACGAUAUGCAUGCGAAUUUAACCCAUUUAUCGCGAAGAUUUCGAAGAUUUAGCAGAACUCUUCAUCUGCAACAUAACGAACAAGUUCGACGUUUAUUAGACCGUGAUGAUUUUGUGACAGCAGUUCUUCAUUACAUUGAACUAACGCACAACCGCAGUGAUAGUCAAUACUGCACUACGGCCUCAUUGUCACAUUUUAGAUACGAACUGUCAAACGAGACCUACGAUUUAUUCGAUUCAGAAGUUUUUACAGCAAUUAAAACAGCCAAUUUUCUCACAACUCUCUUUCUAAAGACGAAAGACGUAUCGGAACUUUUACACAAUGAAGACUUCUAUUAUACGAUUGUUAAACUUAAUGUACAGAGUGAGCAACAAGUGUUUAGUAGCGCUAUUGCAUUCCAAAGAGGAAGAUUCCGUCCUGAAAACUCUCUCUUCUGUCCUUUUGCAUAUAGAAUCGGUGCCAUCAUCGAAACUAAAGAUCUGGCCAAAACUUAUAAUCAUUCUUACGACGAUCCAAAUUGGAUCGGAAACGAAUGGUUCUGGCAACAAGCGCUAAAAAAUUAUUCGGAUAUCUUAUUGAGUAAAACUAGUGAUUACGUCAUCGAAGAUUGGAAAAUGGAUAUUAUUGUUGGACCGGAAGAUGGAAUGUGGUCUGCACCAUACUACGAUUGUGGAGGCGGAAACACGUGGGUUGUGACCUAUUCCGUUCCAUUUUUCAGUAGAAGCGACAGAUCCAAAAUCGAAUUUGGAGGCGUAGUUGCUUUAAGUUUUGAUUUGCGAAACUUGGAUAUUAACCAGUGUGCAAAUGACGAUUCUCUGUUUGCUGGGACUCAUAAAUGUGAACGAAUUACUACAAGGUGUGUACCCAUUAGCGGUUUUGGCUUUCGAAGAGGUGGUUAUGAAUGCCAAUGCCGAAGAGGCUUUUACUUUCCUUCCGAAGGAUCUAGUAACUUGAGCCAAGUAUCCGGCUUCAAUGGACUUCUUUUGGAAUCCGCAUUCGUUGCCAACCAGCUGCAGGAGGAAGAAGAAUUUGGAAUGUACCCCGAUGAUUUCCGAUGUUUACCUUGUAAAAUCGGUUGUGAAAGCUGUAUAGAUGCAUCGCCGUGUUUUGUUGAAUAUAAUAUGAUACUCAGAAGUUUAGCGCUUGGAUUUCAGAGCUUUUGUACCACCGUAACUAUUGUACUGGCUAUAGUCAUAUUUCGUUUGAGAAAAUCAAAAAUUGUUGCGAGUGCAAGAUGGGUGAAAUUGGAAAUGAUUCUAUUUGGAGCAUUGCUAAUCUACCAAACGGUUAUCGUCAGAUAUUUCGAACCAUCGAAUAUAAUUUGUCUGAUAGAACCUUGGUUUCGUGAAUUAGGAUUCGCCAUUUGUUACGGUGCCAUCGUUUUGAAGAUUUAUAGAAUCUUGGCAGAAUUUCAAACUAGAAAAGCCCAUAGAGUCUGUGUUCGAGAUAAAGAUCUGCUUAAAUAUCUUUUCGGUAUAGUGAUGGUAGUUGUUGGCUACAUGGCCGCUUGGACGGCUGUCGUCAUGGAUAAUGCCAGAAGAGGCCACAGCAUUUUAGAAGAAGGGCAGACUGCCGAAGGACUUAGGUAUUAUCUGUGCAGGUCCCUUUGGUGGGAUUAUGUUACCGAAAUCGGCGAAUUGUUAUUUCUUUUACUGGGUAUCUACCUCACAUAUUGUGUCAGAAAUGCCAGAAAUGAUUAUUUCAAAGAAAAAUGUUCUCUAUGCUGGUCCCUUUACAUAGAAGCUAUAGUAUCUUUCCUCAUGUAUGCAAUUAGACAUGUGAUAUGGUUACGUUUAGACCCAGAUUUUAUCUUCUUGAUGUAUUUUCUCCGCUGUCAACUUACAAUUACUAUUAUGCUGGCUAUAAUAUUUGGACCAAAGUUAUGGUAUCAUAGCCAUCCAGUUCCAAGAGCAGAACACGUCAGGCAUUAUUCGUCGAGUGAGGUUCACGACCAUUUACCAGAAGCAAUUAUGUCUAGUGGAGAUAUGGAUGUAACAGACAUUAACUUAUCUGACAUGGACCCAGAAGACAUCAGGGCCGAAUUAAGGAGAGUCUAUACGCAGUUACAGAUUCUCAGGAAUAAAACGAUGAGGAAAGACAAUCCCCAUAUAUCAAAACGUAGAGGUGGGCGUAAAGCCACCCAUCGGCGUUUUUCCCUUCAACCUUUUCACCAUAAACAUAAACAUUAUCACGAUCACGAUCACGAAACAACAGAAGUAUCAAAGACUCCCGAAGAAUCCACGGCAAGUAUAGAAGGGACCAUGCCAUUUCCGAUUGAUUCUAGAACAGAUGAAAACAGUGGCAAAGUGACGUAUAAAUGAAACUAAAAUCCUAGAUAUGGGUCCAUCAAAAACUAUAGUCUCUAUAUAGAACUGUACAGUUUUAUGUAAUUCUGUGUUUCUUGUCUAUUGAUUUUUCCGUUUUCCAUUAUAGAAAUGGAAUAUUUUACGGCUUAAUUGGUGAAUGAACGUGAGAAUGGGCAUCUAUAAUGUUUUAUUUAUUUCUUCCUAUUUAUUUAUUUUUUUAAAUUGUACAGUUGUUAAAUAUUGUUAAAAUUUAUUGUUUAAUCGGAAUAUAUAUAUAUAUAUAUAUACAUUUAAAAACACAAAACUUAUAUUCAAUGGAAGCAGGUUGUUGAACUUUUAAAGAGAGCGAUUUUGUUAAAGGAAUGUGCCUUUGUGAGUAAAGAUCUUGUUGUAGAAACGAAAAACGAAAUCGUUAUCUUAUAAUAUAUAUAUAUAUAUAAAUUUAUCGAUUUAUGUUAUCAGGAUUUUGUUUAACAGUAGUGCUUCCAUAAUUCUUUAGUAGCGAUGAUAGUUGUGCCUCCUUAUUUGUUUUUAAAAGACAACACGGGAGAGAGGGGAAAAAAACGUAUUAUAAAAUUAAGGAACUCUUUAGACACUGGGGAAAAGCAAAAUUCCUCUAUGUGUUCCUAUAUUCAGUUAUAGUAUAAAACGAACAAACGGAAGUAUUAAACUUCCUACUAUUGAGACUUUUUUAUUCAUCGAAUACUUUGAUGUGGAGAUUAUUUCUUGCCGGAUCAUCUACAUAUGCUCAUAACUUACUAUAGCAUUCUUUUUCCCAUAUUAUACCGAUAUUGUGUGGAAAAAUAUUUCUAUAUCAAUCAUUGUGUAAUCGAAUUUUUUUGUUUCUAGAUUAAAAUAGUUU